AUGUUUGCGAGAAAGGUACUACGAAUUAUGAAGGAAGGAGGAGUGGAUUUGGAUGCGUUGAAGCUAGAGGAUUUUGUUCGUCAACCUAAGGCCAAGGAAGCGGAUCAAAGUGGAAUUGAAGCAGAGGGUGAGGGUAAUGAUAAUGAGAAGGAAGGGGAGGAGGAGGGCGACGAUAAGGGGAAGGGUGAUAAUAAGGAGGAUGAGGAUUAUGAAGAGGAUGAUGAAGGCAAGAAGGGGGAUGAAGAAAUUGUUGGAGAUGAAAUUGUGUCGGCUAAGGCAAGCUUGAAUGUUGAUGAGCCAGGAGAAGUAAUGGGUUCUCAACCAUCCGACUUGUCCUACCCACUCGAUGAUGAAUCACGGGAACGACCAAUGUCUUCAGAACCUGAAAAUGAUCAUCUCGAACUAUGCAAGGCUGCUACUACCAAGAAAGUCAAGCAAACGGAUAAAGUGGUGGAACAUUUUAGUGAGGAAGAUGAUGAUGAAGGAGUAGAGGAAUCAGAGGACGGCCAGAUUGUUGCUCCUCUAUAA